AUGGGAGAGCGCCAGGGGCGGGCAGGGGGAGCGGGGCGGGCCGGGCGCGGAGCGGCGCCGCCAUUUUGCUGGUCGGGAGCGGCGGCGGCGGCGGCCGCGCUGAGCGGAGAGGUGCCAGCACCAUGGAGUACGAACGCAGAGGCGGCCGUGGCGACCGCACCGGCCGCUAUGGGGGGGCCCCAUCCUCUUCUGAGGAAGGCUCCCGCACCCAACGGGACCACGACUAUCGCGACAUGGAUUAUCGCGGCUACGGGGGUCCCCCCGAGGGGCCCUCCACAUCCGGGUCCUCCUCUCAGGCCUACGAGGGCUCCUCCGAGCCCCCCCGGAAGCGGGACCCCCCCCCGGCGCUGCCCUUCGGUGCCGAUGGUGAUUACCGGGACCAGGAUUACCGGCCCGAGGCGGCCGAGGAGGAGCCGCGCGCCAGCACCAUCGUCAUGCUGCGCAUGCUGCCCCAGGCCGCCACCGAGAACGACAUCCGGGCGCAGCUGCAGGCGCAGGGGGUGCAGCCCCGCGAGGUUCGGUUGAUGCGGAACAAGUCCUCAGGUCAGAGCCGCGGCUUCGCCUUCGUGGAGUUUCACCACGUCCAGGACGCCGCGCGGUGGAUGGACGCCAACCAGCAAGGGCUGAGCCUGCUGGGGCACCGCGUGUCCCUGCACUACAGCGACCCCAAGCCCAAGAUCAAUGAGGACUGGCUCUGCGCUAAGUGUGGGGUGCAGAACUUCAAGCGCCGGGAGAAGUGCUUCAAGUGCGGGGUGCCCAAAACUGAAGGAGAACAGCGGGGCCCGGGGGGGCCACGAGCGGAGCUGGGGCCUGGAGGAGGGGGGGGGCUGCUGCCCCUCCCCCAACCCUAUGGGCCUGCAAUGGGGGGGACCCCCGGGGGGGGCUCCCAUGGGGGGACCGAGCCUGGAGCUGACAACGCCAAUGACACCAUCAUCCUGCGGAACCUGCACCCCCAGAGCAGCCUGGAGUCCAUCCUCACCGCCCUCGCCCCCUUCGCCGCGCUCUCGGCCGCCAACGUCCGCGUCAUCAAGGACCGGCAGACCCAGCUCAACCGCGGCUUCGCCUUCGUCCAGCUCAGCACCAUCGUGGAGGCCUCGCAGCUGCUGCAGAUGCUGCAGGCCCUGCACCCCCCCCUGCACAUCGAUGGCAAGAGCAUCAAUGUGGAGUUCGCUAAAGGCUCCAAGCGCGAGGCCCCGCCCCUGAGCCGAGGCCAUGACCCCGCCCCCAGGGAGGUGCAGGGGGCAGGGCCAGGGGAGGGCCCCCCCCGCGCCAGCGCCGCCUCUGUCGCCUCGACUGCCAUCGCUGCUGCCCAAUGGGCGCUCUCCCAGGCCGCCCCUGGCUCCGACACCACGUGGGCCGGGGGGGAGGAGCCUCCCAGUGACUUCGGCAGCUUCUACCAAUCAGAGGAGACCUUCAGCGGCCCCGCCCCUUCCCUCUACGGCUCCGCCUACCUCAAGGGCUCCGCGGCCCCGCCCUCUGCCCCCACCCACUCUGGCUCCGCCCCUCCCAAGGCUGAUGGCCCCGCCCCUGGUGUAGAGGAGCCGCCAGUGCUGAGCCUGGAGCACACAGCGGGGGGGGGGCCCUUCUCCCGCCCCCCCCAAGGGGCCCCCUCUUAUCCCCCCCCCACUGCUGAGACCCCCAAUGCCCCCCCCCAGGGUGCCCCCCCCCCGGGUGCCCCCCCCCCGGCUUAUACAGGGCCCCUCAAGGCUGAGACCCCCACCCCAGCCCCCAGUGGGCCCCCCCCUGCCGCCCCCCCCACCUCUGAGUCCUAUGGCCAGUACC